AUGGUUCAGGGCAUAUCACAAAAUUACAUUAUCAAUAUGGCGCUCGAAGACACACCACUAAAGCAACCAGAAGUGAAGAAGAAGAGUUUACGGGAGAAAAUAGCUCACAUACGUGAGAAUAUUACGCUAGAACCAGUUUUAAUUACUUAUGUGAUACCAGGAUCUCUAUCUAGGCUAGCUACCCAAAACUUAAACCUGGACAAAGCAUGUCGCGUUAACUUGAAUUAUGGAGACACAAUCUGUGACGCACUUAUUGCAAGAGAGGGUUCCUAUCAAGAUGAGGAAUUGGAAUUGCAAACCCUGGUUUCUUCCAUGGAAGUGUGGAAGAAUAUCCUCCUGACAGCGAUACCGAGUUUCCUGAUACUGUUCUUAGGCGCUUGGAGCGAUAGAACCGGGAAGAGGAAAAUUUGCGUUCUCAUGCCGAUAGUUGGUGAUUUGCUCAUGUGCUUAAGUAAUCUAUUAAACACUUAUUACUUCUAUGAGUUGCCUGUGCAAGUGACUAUGUUCUUCGAAGCUUUCUUCCCGGCUAUUACUGGUGGUUGGAUAGCAACUUAUAUGGGUGCCUUUUGUUAUAUCAGUGAAAUAUCCAGUGAAGAGUCGAGGACUUUUAGAGUCGGUGUCGCUAAUCUGUGCUUGACAGCUGGUUCACCAAUUGGUCACGCGCUGAGUGGAAUAUUACUGAAGCAUUUUGGAUACUAUGGCGUAUUCUCCUUCAGUUCUGUUUUGUAUAUCUUCAGUUUGUGCCAUGGCUUCUUCUACAUGAAGGAUCCUGAGCGGCCCAAAGUAGAAAAGAAAAAUGAGAACGCCGGUACAAUAAGUUUCCUUAAAUCGUUUUUUGAUUUGAAUCACGUGAAGGAUACGCUGACGGUAGUUUUCAAAAAAGGACCAAAUCGCAGGAGGACUAAGUCAAUAUUAAUUUUGGCAUCUAUUGCAGUCGUUUAUGGACCACAGUACGGUGAAUUCACAGUAAGAUAUUUAUUCACUCGCUUCAGAUUUAAUUGGGAUGCAAUAAGAUACAGCUUCUACAAUACUUUUUAUAUCUGCCUGCAUAUGUUUGGUGCUUUUGUAUCUGUCAGUCUGUUUAGUCGUAGAUGGAAAUGGAGUGACGCCACACUCGGUAUAAUAUCAACUGUUAGUAAAAUCAUUGGCGGUCUCGCAACAAGUCAAGCCCGGAACUCGAUGGAAAUGUAUUUAGCUGUCGCUGUAGAGACCUUCAAUGCAACUUCCUUCACUGCUCUGAGGUCUCUUUCAUCUAAGCUAGCUAAUAGUGAUGAAUUAGGUAAAAUGACGUCAAUUUUCAAUCUAUCAGAAGUAGUGACAUCCAUGAUUUUCGGCCCAACGUACUCCAUGAUUUACAUGAUGACGUUAAAAAUUGACGCCGGAAUCGUCUACUAUUUCAGCACUGUGCUCACAAUUCCGGCAAUAUCGAUAUUUGUGUGGUUUUACAUACAAAAUAAAAAGGAACUUUCGAGACUCAAACGCAACUGCGAUGUCAACCAAGAUGAAAAGACAGAAACUCGACUCGAAAUGAUCAAAAUAGCCAGAAAGGAAUCACUUAUUGGCAGCAUAGACUUAGCAGAUGGGAAAGUUAUAUUAGAAUAA